AUGCUUAAGAUAUUGUUGCUAUGCUGUACAUGUUAUAUUCAAAUUUCAAGUGCUACCGAUGAAAGUGCAGGUGAAAAGAGUAAUUUGGAGUUGGAUCUUGUUCAAGUAAUUUUCAGACAUGGAGUGCGAACUCCACUAGAGCAAGAGGCUAAAUUCAUUAACAUUACCGAUCCGUCUAUUUAUGGAUAUGAUUUUGGACAGCUAACCAAAGAAGGGAUGAAGCAAGAGUAUGUGCUGGGAAAGUUGCUACGCGAGCAUUACAACGAGCACUUGGGCACUUACGAUAAACGAGACGUGGUGGCUGUUAGUACCCCCUCGCAUCGCACAAGAAUGUCCCUUGAGCUUGUUUUGGCGGGCCUUUUUCCCCCCACGCGAACGGAACAGUUGUUCCCCGAAUUGACCUGGAGGCCAAUAAGGUAUGAGAUAACAAACAGUACGGCAGAUAGUAUUUUGGCCCCACAUCAAAGCUCACGAUUUAUCAAACUGUACAAAAGAACCAUGGAACAUUCCAAAGAAUACAAAACAAGUUUGUCGAACCACACGGAAUUCAUAAAACACUUGGAAAACUGGACGGGUCAUUCCUACUUCGACGAUGUACUGUACUCUUGCGGAUGGACCGCCAUGUUGCUAGAAAUCCACAGGUUGUUGAACAUAACACUCCCGAACUGGUGCACCGAGGAGGUGCACCAAACUAUUGCCGUUUUACGAGAGUUGUUGUACGGCACCUUGUCUUUGACUGGAGAGUUGAGGAAAGUCAAUGGUGGCCCACUCAUAAGAAAAGUCAUUGAGAAUGUGGAGACGAAUGCCCAUGACCGGAAAAAAAUCUACUUGUACAGCACCCACGACUUGACUCUGGCUUCUUUCACAAGGGCCCAGUGCAUCAUCAACGCGUUCAAAGUCCCACCGUUCGGCAGCGCGUACAUCGUAGAGAGUUACAAAGACACGAUGGAUAAACGUUUCAUCAGGAUGUUGAGUUGGGACGGGGCGAGUGACCAUUUUGUUGAACUGGAAAUCGACAACUGCGGAAAAUAUUGUCCAGUUGACGAGUAUAAAAUUCAAGUGCAAGACGUUGUUCCUACGGAGGAAGAGCUGAAAUUUUUUAGUGCCUAUACCUCUGGAUUUUCCAAAACGUUACCAAAAAUCCAAUCGGUCAUAACGACAGCACUGAUAUCAUAUUCUUUGUCCACCUUUUGA